CGCUGUGUGCUGGUGGUAUACUUCAUCGCAUUCUAUUCAUUGUUUGUUCGUUCUUCAUUAAGCUAUAGACACUGAUUUAUAUUACUUGCAACCAAAUUAAUACUACAACCCAAUCACCAUGACUACCACCACUACUACCACCAUGACCCCCGGUCAGCGCCUCUUCCCCGUCCUCGUCGACCACCUCGCCACCUCCAAUCCAACCCAACGUGUCGGUCUAAUUCCCAAAGGUGCUGAUGUGUCCGAUGGCUUCGAGACUAUCACCAUGCAGCGUCUCGCCCGCGCGGUAGACGCCUUUGCCUUUUGGAUCGAGAAGCAGGUUGGCCGGGCCACGGAACCACAAACCAUUGCCUAUAUGGCGAGCAAUGAUGUGCGGUAUUUGAUUUUUCUGCUCGCCGCCCAUAAGACGGGAUACAAGCCUCUUCUACCUUCUACUCGCCUCUCCGACGACGCCUACCAGCACAUCCUCAACGCAACCGACUGCCACACCUUCCUCUCCACCCCUGAGAAGCAGCGCCGCGUGGCUGAGAUCCAGGCUUUCCGACAGGAUACUGCGUUUUUUGAGGUGCCGUCCAUUGCGGAAUUACUUGAUGCCAAGGUCGAGCAUUACCCGUAUACCAAGACUUACCGUGAAGCGGAAGAUGAUGUUGCUAUCAUCAUCCACAGCUCGGGCACAACAGGCAUGCCCAAACCCGUUCCCCUGACACACGGAUUCCUCGCCACCCUCGACUACGGGGCAUAUCUGUCACGCCCUCAGUCCCGCCAAUGUACCAUGUUCAACGACCUCCCCCCAGACACUCUUGUCCUAUCCACCACCCCUUUCUUCCACCUCAUGGGUCUACUCGCUUUCACUGAGUCCCUCUUCCACCAUACCCCCUUCAUCGUCCUCCCCGACAAGCCCCUCUCCGUGGACCUCAUCUCCUCCGUCAUCACCACCACCCGUCCAACCGCCGCUCUCCUCCCCCCCUCCAUCCUCGAAGACAUCUCUCAUGUCCCCUCCGCACGCACCGCCCUCAGCACCCUCCAAUACGUCUACUUCGCCGGCGCCCCCCUCUCCCCGGAAGUCGGCGACGACCUGUCCCAACUCACCAAGAUCAUCACCGUUCUCGGAUCCAGCGAAAUGGGCCUCAUCUCGUCGUUCGUGCCCCAGGGAACCGGGGUAUGGGGGUACUUUGAAUGGAACCCCGCCUAUGGCGUGGACAUGCAGCACGUCAACGACGGGUUAUACGAGCUGGUGAUUCCCCGUCGAGCAGAUAGUCGUCAAGUGCAUGGAAUCUUCCACACCUUCCCCGAGAGAACCGAGUACCGAUCGAACGAUCUAUUCGUGCAGCACCCGGAACGUCCCGAGCUAUGGAAGUACCAUGGUCGACUGGACGAUGUGAUUGUGCUUAGUAACGGAGAGAAAUUGAACCCUGUCACGCUGGAGAAGAUUGUCGAGGGACAUCCGCGCGUGCAGAGAGCGCUGCUGAUUGGACAGGCGCGGUUUGAUACCGCGUUGUUGGUGGAGCCGAAUUGGGCGGUUGAGGGAGAUAUCGAUGAGAAGGAGUUUGUUGAGAGUAUUUGGGAGACGGUCGAACGGGCGAAUGAGGCCGUGCCGAAGUAUGGUCGCAUUGUGAAGAGCAGGAUUCGUCUGGCGCAUCGGAAGAAGCCGUUUAAGACGACGGCGAAGGGCACGACGCAGAGACAUGCUGUGAAUAAGGAGUAUAAGGAGGAGAUUGAGGCGAUUUAUGCGGCUGCGGAGGAGGAGGCUGCCGUGGAGAUGCCCGACACCCUUGACGCGGAGAGUCUAAGGGUAUUCGUGCAUGAUCUUGUGGCUGGUUUGUUGGAGCGCGAGGAUAUCCGCGAGGAGGAGGAUCUCUACGCUGCUGGCAUGGACUCGCUACAGACGAUCCAGCUGGCCAAGACGCUCAACAAGGCCGUGUCAGCCCGCUGCGAAGCCGGCCGCGACAUUUCCCAGCAGCAAAUAUACUCGCAUCCCUCGGUAGCCCAGCUGGCCCAGUACCUGCUCGACCUGGUGACCGGCACCGUGGGAGCUACUAUCUCUCGCGCCGAGCGCAUCACCACCAUGCUGGAGAAAUACACCAACCAGCUGCCCCAACGGACCACCUCAGCAGCUCCCCUCUCCGACAAGUCCACCGUCAUUCUCACCGGCUCGACCGGCUCCCUAGGCACCUACCUCCUGCACAGGCUCCUCUCCGACCCCACCACUGCAAAGGUCUACUGCUUCAACCGAUCAUCAGCAGCAGAGCGUCAAAAGCGCGGCUUCGCCGAAAAAGGCCUCGGCGUGAGUCUUCUAGAAUCACCUCGGGUCGAAUUCCUACAAGUCUCUUUCGGCGCAGAGCACUUCGGCCUCCCAGCCGCCAAAUACAGCGAACUGCUCCAAAGCGUCGACUUUAUCAUCCACAACGCCUGGAAAGUCAACUUCAACCACCCGCUGGAAUCCUUCGAGGAUCCCCACCUAAAGGGAGUGUACCAAUUCAUCCGCUUCAGCACCCAAAGCACCCACAACGCACACCUAUCGUUUGUCUCCUCGGUGAGCACCAUCGGCGGAUGGACCGCGUCUUUGGGCCCGGUCGUGCCCGAAGCACCUCUCGAAACCGUCGACGCCGUGCUAGAACAAGGCUACGGCGAGUCCAAGCACGUCGCAGAGAGAAUGUGUCUCGCUGCAUCCCGCCAGGCAAACGUCCCCACGACGGUCUUCCGAGUGGGUCAGAUCUCGGGGCCGACUACCGUCCAGGGACUGUGGAAUCUGGACGAGUGGGUCCCGACGCUGGUCAAGACGUCCAAGGCCGUGGGAAAGGUUCCGAGUGAUUUGGGAGGGUAUUUGGUCGAUUGGGUUCCUGUUGACACACUCGCAACCAUUACCACUGAACUCAUGCACACCCGUCGGCAGAACCAAUCCCACACCUCACAUGCAGUAUAUCACCUCGUCAACCCAAGCAAAACUGCCUGGUCGACACUGGUCCCUGCCAUUGAGGCUAGAUACCCGGGUAUUGAAGCAAUCCCGUUGGAUACCUGGUUGAAUGAGCUAGAGGCGAUCAAGAAUCCAUCAGAGAGCGAAGUCCACGAGAAACCAGCCCUCAAGUUAUUGGAUUUCUAUCGUGGGUUGGCGGGUGAGGUGCUCUCCGCGGAGAUUAGUGUGGAGCGGACGCGCGGGGGGAGUAGGACUAUGGAGGGAUUGGGGGCGGUGACGGAACAGUUGAUGGGGAAUUGGUUGGAGCAGUGGGAUUUCUGA